GAAGGAAAGGCGCGCAGUAGCGUGAAGAAGCGGGAAGCGAGAGGACGCACAUUGGAAAAAAGAGCGAUUAACUGCGCAGACGAGGUGACAGUGGAGAAGUUGCUGACGGAAGAGAAAGCUGACUUAGACGUCCUGGUGCAAAUCUCCUGGUGGAGGCCCAGGGAGACGCGAGGAAACGACCGAUCGCCUGGCGACGAUAAGUGCGCUGAAAAAUUGCCACUGUUCCUCCUCGUAACUUUCCGUAGAAAUAGAGACUUUCUUUCUGGGAACCGAGACAUCCGGUGUGAAAGUCGACUCGGAACGCGGCACCGGUGGUUGGAACCGUGCAACCAAGUUUUAAGAGAGAAAGAGUCCCGUCGUCGGCGGGAUCAAGGGGCUACCCUGUACGUGUCUGAGGCGAGCGUCCGGUGAUCCGAACAUUUCUUCGGGGACGACAACUUUAACAGGGAAGGAGUCCCUCUAUAUAUAUAUCCCCUAUCAGUAAAGGCGUAUCUGGGGAGACUUGGCCGCCCUCCAGCUUCCCGGGCCUAGAGCUUAGGCGAAGCUCUCAAAAAUAACGCCCUGGCGACCGUGGACGGGCAAUAGGAUCCGUGAGAAACUUUCCGUCUCAAGGUUUGACUGUGAACGAAAUAAAGACGCUGGUAGCUAUGCACAAGAAUAUGAAGUCCGGUGGAUCGUUGAACGACCUUAAUUUAAGGGCCGUGGAAAACUACCGCGAGUACCUGCGUAUACCGUCGGUGCAUCCGGAUAUUAAUUACGACGAUUGCGUAGCGUUCCUUCUGAGACAGGCGGAUUCUCUCCAACUGCCGGUCCACGUUCAUCAUGUACGUCCCGACAAACCGGUGGUGGUCAUCACGUGGGAAGGAACGGACCCGAUUAAGCCGUCGAUUCUCUUGAACAGUCACAUGGAUGUAGUGCCAGUUUUCGAGCAUGAAUGGACUUAUCCGCCGUUCGACGCGCACAUGGACGAGCAGGGCAACAUUUACGCUCGCGGCGCUCAGGACACGAAAGUCCUGGGGAUACAAUACCUGGAGGCGAUUCACAGACUCAAGCUGAACGGUCAACGUCUCUCGCGGACUGUCCACGUUUCUUUUGUGCCGGACGAGGAGAUCGGCGGAGAACUCGGGAUGAAGAAGUACGUGCGUAGCGAACACUUCAAGUCUCUGAACGUUGGCUUCGCGCUGGACGAGAACGUGAGCUCUUCUACUCCAACCUUCGUCGUUGCCUUCGAUGAAAAGAUAAAGUUGGGCCUGAUGAUAAAGUGCAAAGAGCGACUGAGAAAACCAAGUUGCAGAAUGUCGACAUCAGUUACGUGACGUCUGUGAAUCUUACAGUCCUCAAGGGUGGUGUGCAGAAUAACGUGAUACCCGACGAGAUAAUAGCAGAAUUUGACAUUCGUCUGCAGCCUACUUACAAACCCGAUGAAUUUGAGGC